AUGGGCCUGGAGCUCUACCUGGACCUGCUGUCCCAGCCCUGCCGCGCUGUCUACCUUUUCGCCAAGAAGAAUGGGAUCCCCUUCCAGCUGCGCCCCGUGGAGCUGCUCAAAGGGCAGCAUGUGAGCCGGGAGUUCUCCCAGGUUAACUCGCUGCACAAGGUGCCCACGCUUAAGGACGGAGACUUCGUCUUGAGUGAAAGCACUGCCAUUAUGAUCUACCUGAGUUGCAAGUACCGGACUGCAGACCACUGGUACCCUGAAGACCUGCAGGCCCGUGCCCGGGUGCACGAGUACCUGGGCUGGCAUGCCGACAGCAUCCGUGGCAUCUUCGGCGUGCCCCUAUGGAGCCAGGUGCUGGCCCCACUCCUUGGGGUCCAGGUGUCCGAGGAGAAGGUGGAACGCAACAGGACCAGCAUGAAGCAGGCGCUGGGGCAGCUGGAGGAGACGUUCCUGAGGGGCAGGGCCUUUGUUGCCGGGCAACAGGUGACGCUGGCCGACCUCCUGGCCCUGGAGGAGCUGAUGCAGCCUGUGGCUCUCGGCCACGACUUAUUUGAGGGACGGCCCCGCCUGGCGGCAUGGCGUGCAUGUGUGGAGGACUUUCUGGGUGCCCAGCUGUGCCAGGAGACUCGCGGCUGCAUCUUGAGUGUCCUGGAACAGGCGGCCAACAAAACAAUCCCAGUGCCACCACCGGAGGCCCACGAGAGCGUGCUGCUUCGAAUUGCCAGGAUCCCCUGA